GCAACAAGAACACAGUGUUUUGGCCUUUAAAUAGCACAAAGCCCGAAGCAGUGGCCAACAACAAAGCUUCUUCCUGACACGACACUAACCUCCUUUCGUCUUCUCCUCCUGGCUUCUCUCUUCCCACUUUCUCUCUCUCUCUUUCUAUAUUCUCAAUCUUUUCCUUAAACGCUCUAAUCGAUGCUUCCACAGUUCUCCUCUUGAAACCCAAACUAGAAUUUCUCCGAUCUGCUACUUUCCUCUGAUUAUAUAUACACUAGUUUAUGCAUAUAAAUGGCUUCCAUCUCUUCUAGUCCUCGCACUGUAGAAGAAAUCUUCAAAGACUAUAACGCCCGCCGCUCCGGCCUUGUCCGUGCUCUCACUUACGAUGUGGAUGAAUUCUACUCUCAAUGCGAUCCAGAAAAGGAGAAUUUGUGUUUGUAUGGACACCCAAAUGAGUCAUGGGAGGUGACUCUGCCAGCUGAGGAAGUUCCACCAGAGCUUCCAGAACCAGCAUUGGGCAUCAAUUUUGCAAGAGAUGGAAUGCACCGUAAAGAUUGGCUUUCACUUGUUGCAGUGCAUAGUGACUGUUGGUUGCUCUCUGUGGCAUUCUACUUUGGUGCUCGACUUAAUCGCAAUGAAAGGAAGCGCCUGUUUAGCCUGAUAAAUGAUCUGCCCACCCUAUUUGAAGUUGUAACUGGAAGAAAGCCUGUAAAAGACAAACCCGGCAUGGACAGUGGAAGCAAAUCCAGGAACAGCACAAAGAGAUCAAUUGAUGGACAAGUAAGAAAUACUAAGUUACUUGAUGAAAGCUAUGCAGAAGAUGAAGAUGAGCAUGGUGAGACUCUUUGUGGGAGCUGUGGAGGGACUUACAGUGCUGAUGAGUUUUGGAUAGGUUGUGAUGUAUGCGAGAGGUGGUACCAUGGGAAAUGUGUGAAGAUAACACCAGCCAAGGCGGAAAUGAUCAAGCAGUACAUAUGCCCUUCAUGCAGCACCAAGAAGCGAAGGCCGUAACAGCCAAACGAAAAGAAACGCUUGGGGAGGUGGUUAACCUCACUGUUUUGCUCACUGAUGUUAUCGUAAAUCACUGAUAGUUAAUCCUUUUUGAUUUCCUUGUUCCUUUUCAUCUUGCUAUCAUAGUUUUUAAUCAAAGAUGUUAUUUAGUGUUUUAAA